GUUGUGACGAUGAAAACUGCUUGUCUCUCUACCUAGCCUAUGUUAUUACUAGGUUUGAUUAAAGGGCCGUUGUCCGUUUCAGUUGACCUGGCUAUCUGGGCCAUAAUGAACACUUCAAGAUGAUGUCAACCACGGUUAAAGCCCUGGAUAUUUGAAGACACAGAUUAAAGUCAGCUCCACAGUCAGCCAUGACAACCGAGGUAGAAGCUGAGAAGAGAGGUUCAUCAUGGAAAAACGAAUCCUGGAGAAUCCUACAAGAGUAUAUUGGACACGAGGAGUUUCUUAAGAGGAGAAAAGAGUCAGUCAAGAAAAGUGACAGCUUUGCGGAGAAGGAACGGGCGCCUGCUGAGAACGUCAAGUCAUCUUUUCAGACCUUAGUCCCAGUAAAGCCACUACUAAAGCAGCCGGAUAAGGCGGCACUGCAGACCAAGCUUCAGAAGCUGAAGCUCUCCGCCGUUGCAGGGACCGCGACCGCCGCCAGGCGGGCCUUCCACGCUCCGGGUAUCGGUGCCUCGGGGUUCGCUGUAGUGGUCGACAACGUGAAGUUUCCCGAGACCGACUUCUUCCGUCCCCGCACCGUGUUUCCCGUCCGCUUGCGGCACUCCAACUGCUGGAGCGCCGACGACGCCGCGGCCGACAUCCGGGGCGCCGCCAUCAAGUUUGGCGAUACGGACGGGGACAGCUGUUUUGAGCUGGUCAUGGAUACAGGCACGAUGGCGCCAUUUUGGAACCUACCUUCUUACGAAGAGUACGUAACAGCGAUGAAGGGCGGGCCGGAAAAGCUGCAGGAAUGGUGCUGGAAAGCUCCAAUGAAUUACUAUACCCUGGUGGACGGUCUACGCAGGGCGCCCGACUCCUACUUCCAGCUGGUCUACAGCUCCCAGACCUGCUUCACCUUCAAGGCGAAGGACAACGUGCCGCGCUACGCCAAGUUCAGGAUGAUCCCGACUAACAGUGAACCGGAGUCCGGACUGUUGAGUCUGGACGAACAGAGACAAGCAUGGAACACGACACGGCUGCCAGAGGAAGAACGUCCCCAGAACUAUCUCCGACUUGAAUAUGUAGAACGACUGGUGAAAUCUUCCAUCCAAUACCGUCUGCAGCUGCAGCUGCACACCAAGAAGGCAUCCGACACAGCUAGCACCUGCAACCCACACAGGUGUUGGGCACCCUUGGACCAUCCGUGGUAUGACGUUGCUGACGUCAUCAUUACCACCCUCCUGACCGACAACGUCACGGCCAGGACCAGCUUCCACGUCGCCAACCUGCCGUCAUGUUUGAGUCUGAUCGAACCCGAGUCCGUGUUCGACUACAACAGCAUCAACUACAUCCGGGCCAAAGUUUACCCGGCGGCACAUGCAGCUAGACUCGCAAAGCUGAAAGGACAGCGUCCUCUCCGAGGUCCGAUAGAGUACGAGACUCAACCCUACAGCGUGGAGAUGCGCCUGGGGUCGAAGCAGGGCAUGCUGGGACUGAAGAGGCACCUGAAAGUAGUCUUGACCGGACCUCAUAGACGCACGGAGCCCACAAGUUUUUCAGAGGGCUACAAGACGGGAAACUCCCAGGUGUUCUCCAUGACUGCCAUAGAUGUGGGUGAGGUGCUGAUGGUGACCAUCUAUAACGAGGGCGGGCAGGCGUGGUACAUGGAGAGCAUCGUGGUGGAGGAGGUCCGGCGGGGAAGGUCCAGGGAGUUCCCGGCGCACAGAUGGGUUAACGACAUGGUCAUGGUGCGGAGGGGGAAAGCCUCCUUACUAGCUACAAGCUACGCGGGGUUGGACAUUCUUCUUGGCCAGCGCUUAUUCGAACUGCAAGAGCGUCGGAGACACUUCCGGUGGCAGCACUCUGAUGCAGGUUUUCCCGGAAGGUUGGCUGCUGGCAGCGUCAAAGAACUACCCCCAGAGGUUCGUCCCAGCGAGAGCAUGUUACAGAAACUGUCAGGGAUAACCGAAAAGCUUGCGCUGCCGCAAAUCUGUCUCAACAGCCCUUGUCUCAUGAAGAAAGACAAGGUGGAGAACUUUGUCGAGUUCAAGAAGAUGGUUCCGGAGAAUGUUUACGAUCGGCAACGACUGAUCAAGCACUGGAAGUCAGACGUGGUGUUCGGGAGACAGUUUCUGAGCGGGUUCAAUCCCCUGACGCUGCGCCGAUGCCGAAAGCUCCCGGAGACGUUUGCGAGGAAGAUUGAUGAGAUCGAUCAGCUGCUGCCCGAUGGAACGUACUUAUUGAAAGAGAUAGAGGCCGGGCACGUGUACAUGGCGGACUAUGGUGUACUGGGCGGUCUCCGGGGCAACAUCAGCGGCCGAGACGUCUUCCACCUAGCCGCACCAACCGCGCUGUUUCAUCUAAAUCCGGCCGGAGACAUGAUUCCACUGGCCAUACAGUUAUACCAGAAACCAGGCCCCCACACAACCAUCUGGACCCCCGCAGACCCCCAGUGCGACUGGAUGCUCGCCAAGAUGUUUCUGCGCAACGCGGAUGCGCAGGUCCAUCUGUUUGUUUCUCUCUUCCUCAAAACGAAUCUACUGAACGAGACGUUUGCCGUCGCCACCUAUCGACAGCUUCCGUCAGCGAACCCUGUCUUCAAACUACUGGCUCCCCAUCUGCGGGGCGUCUUCGCCGCUAAUAUCAUCGCGAGAAGAGAAAUGCUAGAGGAAUGGUCUGUUAUUGAUGACGUCUACUCCCUCGGGCCGAAGGGACGGCGGACACUGAUCGCCAGAGCGUUCUCAAAAUUCACGUGGCGAGAACUGGUCCUCCCGGCCUGGCUACACGACCGUGGCCUGGACAAACUGCCGGAGUUUGUAUACCGUGACGACGCCAUGAAACUCUGGCGCGCCAGCAGAGCGUUUGUCGACCGCGUGGUGUCGCUGUACUACGAGUCAGAGGAAGACAUUGCCACAGACCUGGAGUUGCAGGCGUGGAUCAAAGAUCUCCAUGACAACGGUUUCAACUGGGAGAAAGACUAUCCCUCAAAAGUUCCAAGCCAACUCACCACUCAGACUGACCUGGUGGAUCUGGUCACCGCCAUCAUGUUCAACUGUUCGGUACAGCGCCGCGCACUGACUGCCGGGAUGUGUGACAUAGCCACCUUCAUUCCCAACGUCCCUUUCGCCAUGAGGGCCCCUCCUCCAACCAGAGAGGCUAGCGCUGAGCCAAGUCGCGAAGGUCUGCCCAUUAGCUCUGACGACGAACAGGAAGAGGGUCUGACGAGAGCGACCAAACAACAGCUUCUUUCCACUCUACCAGACAGGGACACCGCUAGGAAACAGAUAGCCCUGGCCACGGCCAUGUCAAAAGUCACCGACAAGGGGCCGAUGCUAGGUGAGUACCCCGGGCGCUACUUCACCGAUGAGCCGACACAAGCCGCCAUCUCUGACUUCCGCCGAACCCUCAAACAAAUAUCCCGCCUCAUCCAACAGAGGAACAGAAACGCGAGGGGCAUAGUUGCACAAGAACUUGUCGUGUCCUUUGAGGGAGCCUUCAGUGAAAUCCCCAAGGUGGCAAAGAGAAAUACCGAAGUGCAUCGUGCCGUGCCUUACGAGUAUCUGCUGCCCGAACACAUACCCGCCAGUAUCGGCCCGUAAUGUACAUUGUAUAUAUGUUUCAUAUUGCGAUAAGAUAGCAUCGGUGGAGAUCGUAAUCGAAGUCUCUGUUGGCAUAGGGUGCAACAAGUGUGUCAGGAUGGUCUCCCAUCCUAUCAAUACAUUAAUCCUCAGUGACAUGAUCGAAGAUGAAAACAUCCGGCUGUCUGUAAGAAUAUGCAUCCAUAUGUACGCAGGAAAAUGAUACCAGCCUCCGAUUGAAAUAUCAGAGUAAUGACAGAGAUCCUGAUUGCAAUCUAUGAUGAGAGAGAAUCAGCGGCUA